AUGGUAAACCAAACAAUGUCAUCUCUUGGGAACAGCUCUGGCCUCAUUGGCGAUAUAUGGCCUCCCAAUAAGGUCAUGGCGCUUAUUGCCACGAUUCUCGCCAUCACGAUCACAGCCUGGGUAGUAAGAUUCAUUCAAUAUAGAAAAUCGUACAAGGAAUAUGCAUCUGGGAUACCUUGCCCGCCUUUCAGUACUUUACUGGGCACAUUGAAAUCCAUGGGCGAUCAAUAUGCUCACGCACCAAUGACUGCACAUCCUCAUGGUAUUAUGACCAUGAUAUACGACAAAUAUAACUUAAAGGACAUGUUUAUCCUGGACAAUUGGCCAUUCUUUCGUUGGAGACAAAUUAUUAUUUGUGAUCCGAAUCUCGCUGCACAAUGCACGCAAAACCACUCACUGCCAAAGUCAGUUGUCACUGGGCAAUAUGUUGGCCAUAUCACCGGAAAGAGAAGUAUUCUACUUACGGAAGGUUUGGAAUGGAAGAAGAACCGGGCAUUAUUCAAUCAAGGGUUUGCUCUUGCUCAUCUCACAACACUUAUGCCAAGUCUUGUCGACGAGGUAGAAAUAUUUCGCGAUGUUUUGGGCAAACUUGCCGACUCGGGAGAGGUCCAUCCAAUUGAAGAAGCAGCUGCAUUUUUGACUAUUGAUAUAAUGGGUCAUGUUGUUCUAGACAUUAGUUUGAAUUCUCAAACAAUGAAGAGUGAACUGGUCGAAUAUUUUCGAAAUUCUAUUUCCUGGACGCCAAAGAUUGUUGCGACAAAUCCAUUGGUAAAUCUAAACCCAUUAGGUCCGAUUAUGCGAAAGUAUUAUGAAUGGAAAAUGGACGGCUAUCUUAACAAAGUCUUGGAUACUCGAUUCGCAGAGAAGGAAGGGAGUGCCACGAAAAGUAAGAAAAAGCCUGUUAUUGAUACUGCUCUCGACGAAUAUAUUCUUCAACAAGAGGAAGACAAUGUCGCACUGGGUGAUCGAGGAUUGGAUCAAACUUUCAAGCAAGUAUCAAUCGAUCAAAUGAAAACGUUUCUAUUCGCUGGCCACGACACUACUUCGAGUACUAUUGCCUACACGUAUCAUCUCCUAGGUAAAAAUCCUAAAUGCUUAGCCAAAGCGCGAGAUGAAUUGGAUAGGGUAUUUGGAACGGAUACUUCGAGAACUGGAGAUUUGAUCAAAGAAAACCCGAGUAUAGUAAAUCAGUUACCAUACGUAUUUAGCUGUAUUAAGGAAACUCUUCGGAGGUAUCCACCUGCAGACACAGCGCGACAUGGAGAUGAUCUCGUGCUUGAAUAUGAAGGUCGGCAAUACCCCACUAAGGAUUUCAUGGUAAUGGUUUGUGUUCAUACCAUACAUCAUCGAGAUGAUCUCUUCCCUUCCCCCUACGAAUUCAUUCCUGAACGAUUCAUGCCUGCACCGGACAACUUUCAAGAAAUUCCAAAGAACGCUUGGCGACCAUUUGAAAGGGGAUUCCGAGAUUGUAUAGGACAAGAACUUGCUCUUCUUGAAAUGAAGAUUGUUAUGGCUAUGACUUUGAGAGAAUUCGAUAUCAAGUCCGACUACGAGACUUGGGAUCGAAAACUUGGUAGGAAAGAACCUGGUGGUAUUCUCAAUGGUACACGUGGAAUGUUCGGAGAUCGUGCUUAUCAAGAACUAAUUGCAAGUGCUAAACCAUCUGAUGGGAUGCCAGCGAGGAUCGAAAGAAGAACGCAUAAUUAA